UUUCCUCGAGUAAGAUCUCGUAUACUAACUCCUCACCCGCACUGCGUAAACGGCAACAGAAAAAAGUCGGUGCACCAUUCUUUAAAGGCCCCUUGGAGAUUUUCCAAAAAAUGUACAAAGGAAAGGAUAGGGUUUAUUCACCCUCCGCGGCUAUUACUUUGGGUAAAAUUUAUAGUGACGAGAUAGCCAAUCUGGGAAGAUACCGCCACGAGGAACGUAGGCAUUCGGAUAUCUGCAAGAAUGGUAAAUUCAAGCAUUUUAGGCAGUCUUCACUUAGAGACCCCAAUGAAGUAUUUUCUAAUGUUCAACUUGGCACGCCUCCAUCAAAUGAAGCCAAUGAUCCCAAAUGUGGAAAAUGUACUCAGAAGCGUAGGUCGUCUCAUUCGGAAGAGUCUGUGGAAGAUCUUAAUAUAUUUAACAAUAACAGGAUAGAUAUUGAUCCAAGUCUCAGAUCGUCGAAACCGGCACCGCAUAUUAAUGACACCACCACCAAUAUGAAAUUGAAUGAAAACGAGACUAUAUCUUCUUCACAUCUGGACGUUGAGUCCGAAAAUCAUGAUGAUCAAAUAACUGAAAUUGAAACGUCAUUCCAAUGGUUAGACUCGUCUGAGUCGGAAGAAUCUGAACGUGGGUCCAUGGCAGAAUCGUUUAAUGAUAUUGACGUUCCGAUCCCAGAAUAUGACGAGAAAGAAAAACCUCAACCAAUUUACUCUACCGUCGAGUCAACAACAGCGGAGCUAGGCGACAGUUUUCCAGCCACAUUCGACGAAACUGGCCGAGAGUAUGAGAGAAUUGAAACAGUAGUUGAAAACCUUGCAGAAGAUUACGAGUAUCAUUUAAAAUACAGGUAUGUCAGCGCCAAACCACGUCCACCUAACGAAAAAACAAACAUUGCCAUAUCAGAAAGACAGGCAGACUUGCAAAUUAUUACGAAUAUUGAUACGGAAAAAAAACACGAGUCAGUCCCCGAGGAGAAAAAAAAUUAUCUUGAAAAUAUAUUGAGGGGCCACGCAGGCUUUCACGUUACAGAUCUAGAUGUCUACGGUGUUCCUACUCAUGCUGUAGCUAUGAGAAAAUAUGAUUCCCCGAAAAAUAAAUUUCAAUCCAUACAGUUAGCUCACGUUGCUGAGAAAAGCACGCAAUGUGCAAGUGCAACACCUGAAUCUGAUAUAAUUUCUAUUGAUACAAAUUCUAAUAAUCUGGCAGAUCAUUCGCUCACCAUAACGGAACCUACACACGUCGGGAAUGCCAAUGGAAUUGAAGGUUUUGGCUUUCGUUCGCCCAUUCUACAAGUUUAUGGGGUGCCCACGUACAAAGCUGACAGGAGGAAGCUUGCAUCUAUCAGAAAAUUACCACAUAGGUCUCACGCAGCACUAUCAAAACAAUCGAAAUUGCAAGUUUUAGGCGAAACGAAUUUAAGAUCGCCUAUUUGCUCACCUGAAAAAUCGCAGACCCGAAACCCCGUCGAUGAGAACUGGAAAGAGUUUCUCUCCAAAUUGGACACGAUUAUAGUAAACAAAACGGCCGAGUUCAUUUAAACUGGUUCGUUCUUUUUUCUGUUGCCUACGGAUUUGUAAAUAUACUUGUGGAAGAUGUGUGAGCAAAUCAAUUCGUUUGAAUUGCUUUACAUUUCCUUGGCUUUUUCAAACAUUUGGUGUGGUUAUGCACAUUUCCGGUUUUUAUUUUCUUUUGCUGACUAAUUCACCCCUUAUAUUUUGC